UGGGCACCAGACAGCUCCUUGACGGUGGGUCAUCAUGAACGCUCUGACUGUGAUUUCCGUGGCGGCCUUCGUGGCUAGCGGUAGUGCCUCCUUACUUGCAUACAACGGCGUAUAUGGAGGCCAUCACGGCCUUCUUGGCGUCUAUCCUUAUGCAGGUUAUUCCGGUGUGCUGCCCUACGCAUACGCAGGUGUCCUUCCCUCAGCUGCUCCUCUCACCCUCAAAACACCUGUAAUCAAGACUGUGGCUCCUGCACCUGUCUCUUACAACGUCGCUCCUGCACCUGUCUCCUACAACGUAGCUCCCUUCUCACCUGUAGCACCUGUCCAGUCUCAGUAUCACGCUCAGGAUGAGCUCGGUCAGUACUCCUUCGGUUACUCCGGCGGUCCAUCUUCACGCGCUGAGUCUCGCGACGCCUUCGGUGUUGUCCGUGGUUCGUACAACUAUGUUGACUCUGAGGGAAAGGUUCAGACUCAGCACUACGUGGCUGACGCUCUCGGAUUCCGUGCGUCCGGCACAAACCUUCCAGUGGCUCCCGACGCCCCUCUAGCCGCCCUCCCCGGCCCAGUCCCCGUACCCGUCCAGGAUACUCCUGAAGUAGUCGCCGCCAAGAUCGCCCAUCUGCAGGCCUACAACGAAGCCGCAGCCGCCGCCGCUGCAGCUCCCGACACCCGCUAAAGAGGGUUUCUGCUUUGGAAAUUGCAGCAUAUUUGUGUGUAGAGCUCUCGCCAGCAGAUAACAGUAUCAAGACUAGUCAUUUUUGAUCGAGAGUUGACACACGUGUAUGUGAGAUACCUUUAUGCUUCAUCGAAGUACUGAAUAAAAGUUCCUAUUAGAAA